AUGGUAUCUAUUACUCCACUCGCCUAUAAAUUAUUAAGUUAUGUGCCGUUUCUGUUGGUUUUGCUUGAUCUUCGAUAUGAAGAAGUGCUAUGUGGCAGUGAGAACAGUGUGGAGAAACACCUGGAAAUGGGAAAGAAGCUCCUGGCUGCUGGACAGCUGGCUGAUGCGCUGUCUCACUUCCAUGCUGCAGUAGAUAUAGACCCCCAAAACUACAUGGCGUAUUAUAGGAGAGCUACAGUGUACCUGGCCACAGGAAAGUCCAAAUCUGCUCUGCCGGAUCUCAGCAAAGUCAUCCAGCUUAAACCUGAUUUCACAUCGGCAAGACUUCAGAGAGGAAGCCUACUGCUAAAACAGGGCAAGCUCGACGAAGCCGAGAGUGAUUUCAAGAAAGUGUUGAAAUCGAACCCCAGCACCAGAGAGGAAGAGGAAGCCCAGAGCCAGCUGAAGAAAUCUGAUGAAAUCCAAAGACUCGUGACUGAAGCCCAGAGCCUUUUUGAUCGCAGAGAUUACAGCUCAGCAGCAUCGCUUUUGGACACAGUAAUCGAUACCUGCGCGUGGGACGCCGACUCCAGGGAGCUUCGAGCCGAGUGCUUCAUUCAGCAGGGCAAGCUGGGCAGAGCCAUCAGUGAUCUCAAAGCAGCUUCUAAGCUGAAGAACGACAACACACAGGCCUUCUACAAGCUCAGUACCAUCUAUUAUAACCUGGGAGACUAUGAGAUGUCCCUAAAUGAAGUGAGAGAGUGUCUGAAACUGGACCCUGACCACAAGCAGUGCUUCAGCCACUACAAGCAGGUGAAGAAGCUCAACAAACAGAUCAUGUCAGCCGAGGAGCUGAUUCAGCAGCAGAGGUAUGGCGAUGCAGUGAGCAAGUAUGAGUCGGUUAUGAAGACAGAACCAAAUGUGCCUCAGUACACUCUUCACGCCAAAGAACGCAUAUGCCACUGUCUGUCUAAGGAUCAGCAGGGUGCUAAAGCAAUUCCAGUGUGCAGUGAAGUUCUGAAAUCAGACUCACAAAAUGUGAAUGCUUUGAAAGACAGAGCAGAAGCCUACCUCCAAGAUGAGCAAUAUGAAGAAGCUAUUAAGGACUUUGAGAGUGCAAAGGAACUCAGUGACAAUGACCGGGAGAUAAAAGAAGGACUGGAAAGAGCACAGCGCCUCCUUAAACAAUCCCAGAAGAAAGACUAUUACAAGAUUCUGGGAGUCAAGAGGACAGCCCAGAAGAAAGAGAUCAUUAAAGCCUACAGGAAGCUGGCACAACAGUGGCAUCCAGACAACUUUCAGGAUCCUGAAGACAAGAAGAAGGCUGAGAAGAAGUUCAUAGACAUCGCACAGGCCAAGGAGGUUCUCACUGAUCCAGACAUGAGGAGCAAGUUCGACCAAGGUGAAGACCCCAUGGACCCCGAGAGCCAGCAGGGAGGAGGCCACCAACACUUUCACAGAGGCUGGGACAACUUCCAGGGUUUUAACCCAUUCGGCUCUGGUCCCUUCAACUUUAAAUUUAGCUACAACUGAAAUGAUGCGAGAGGACGGGGGGUUUGGAUCAGCCCAAUCCUGAGCCUGAUCUGGAUCCGGGAGUAUGCCUUGACAUUCAGAGAGAACUGGGACCUGCUGACACUAAUUGGCUCCUAACAAGCAUGGACGUGUUUAUAGAAGCUGCCGUAACAUUAAAACACGCCCUUCGCUGGUGAAAUGGUCUCGUCGGACUUGCUUAGUGGAGCCAUAUGGUAUUAUGUGAAGCAAUUGAAGAAUGUUUUUCAGGGGGAUGUUAAGUGUUUACGAAAGUUCAUUCCAAAGCAGCCAACAUGGACCUUAUCAUCCACUUCUAUAGAUUACUGUGUACAUACCUGUAGAAGACUGCACUAUUUUUCUAUAAAUUAAACAAUGCUGCAAUGUAAAUACAGAAAUAAAAAAUAUCAUUGCUUAUUUAA